CCCCAGCGGCCCCACUCCCUAAGGAGCCCUCGCCAACUGCCCAGCGCCGCGCGGGCCCGGGAGCCCCCUGGUGGGGGCUCGGGAAGCAGCCGCGCCGCCCGGGGCAGGAAGUGGCAGCGGCGCCUUCCGGGGAGCGCCCCGACACAUGGAGAAACUGGGGCUCAGGGAGAAGGCGCCGGUGGAAGAGCCGCCCCUUUCCCGGCCUGCGCGGGCCCCGGCAGAGGGCGCAGCGCCCCGGGCUGGAGGCGGCGACGUCUGCGGCUGCGCGGAGGGCCCGGGCCGGCCGGGGAAGCGGCUCGCCAUUGGUCGGGCGUGUCUCGUGACACCCCUGAAAAGCCUGAUUGGCUGCGGUGCGGGAGGCGGGCCGUUGCUGUGGAGACGGAGUGACAGGAGGGAAGUGACAGGAGGCGAGUGACGGUCCGUCCGGGCUCGGGGCGGCGGCCGCGGCUCCAGGAGCCGGAGGGAGGAGGAGUGGGCCGGGGAGCCGGGGCCGGGCGGAGUUUGAGGUGGGAGACGAAGUUCUGGCAGCUGCGGCCCCUUUGUGAUGCUGAAAAUGCCGGCAGAUGGAGCCGAGUCCCCUGCUGAGAGAGACUUCUUCAAGGAUGCCGCGUUCCCUGCCUGUGAUUCUUCCCUCUUUUGUACCUUUUCCACUCCCCUGGCGCAGUUCCGAGAAGAUAUCACCUGGCUGCGCCCACAGGAAAUUUGCUCUACUCCCCGAUUGUUCCCAGAUAACCCACAGGAAGGCCAGAUAAAGCAAGGGAUUCUGGGAGACUGCUGGUUUCUCUGUGCCUGUGUAGCUCUCCAGAAGAACAAACAUCUCUUGGAUCAGGUGAUUCCACCAGGACAGCCCAGCUGGCCGGAUCUAGCCUAUCGCGGCUGUUUCACCUGCCGGGUGUGGCAGUUUGGACAGUGGGUCGAGGUGACUGUGGAUGACCGCCUGCCCUGCCUUGGGGGGCGACUGUGCUUUUCCCAGUGUCAGACAGAGGAUGUGUUCUGGCUUCCCUUGCUGGAAAAGGUGUAUGCCAAGUUCUACGGGUCCUAUGAACAGCUGUGGGCGGGGCAGGUGGCGGACGCCUUGGUGGAUCUAACUGGAGGCCUGGCAGAAAGAUGGAGCCUGAGGGACCCAGGAGGACCCCGGGACACGGCCAGGAGUCCCAGCAGCCUGGAGCCCACGACCUUCCGGAAGCUGCUGGGUCUCAAGGACCAGUGUGUGAUAAGCUGCUCAGUGCUCAGCUCCAGGGGAGGGGCCAGUGAACUGGGGGAGUUUCACGCCUUCAUCAUCUCGGACGUCCGGGAGCUGCGCAGUCGUCUGGGCAGGGAGCUGCUCUUGCUCCGGAUUCUGAACCCGUGGGGUCGGCGAUGCUGGCGAGGGCCCUGGAGAGAGGAGGGCGAGGGCUGGAGCCAGUUAGAGCCAGAAGAUGCCUCGGAACUCUUGUCUCAGCUCCAGGAAGGGGAGUUCUGGGUGGAAGAGGAGGAGUUUGUCCGGGAGUUUGACGAGAUCACCAUCAGCUACCCCAUCACAGAGGAGGGUCACCUGCAGAGCCUCUAUACUGCAAAGGUGUUACGUCAUACCCAGAAGCUGCCUGGGGCCUGGGUCAAAGGGCAGUCAGCUGGAGGUUGCCGGAACAACAGCAGUUUCCCCAGCAACCCCAAGUUCUGGCUGCGAGUCUUGGAACCCAGUGAGGUGUGCAUCGCUCUCCUGCAGAGGCCCCAGGUGUGCCAGGCCGACUGGGCAGGCCGCAUCCUGCCUCCGCCUCCAGGCCGAGGGGGCCGAGCCGCCCUGAGCCCGCGGGGCCUCCCGGGGAAGGAGCACCAGGCCGUGGGGCUGCACGUGUGGAAGGUGGAGAAGAAGCGGGUCAGUCUGCCCGCGCUGCUGUCUGCCCCCCCGGUGGCUGGCACCGCCUGCCACGCCUACGACCGGGAGGUCCACCUGCUCUGCAGCCUCUCUCCCGGCUACUACCUGGUGGUCCCCAGCACCUUCCUGAAGGACGCCACCGGGCACUUCCUGCUGCGUGUGUUUUCCAGUGGCAGGAUCUCCCUCAGGGAAAUCCAGCCGGCCUCAGCCGCCACCUCCCCCUGCGAAGACUUUGCUGCCGGGGAGUGGGAGACGGUGCAGCUGAAGGGGCGCUGGCAAAGCGGGCACAGCGCGGGGGGCAGCAGGAACUUCCCGUCCUACCCCAGCAACCCCUGCUUCCCUCUCUCUGUCCCCCUGGGCACGGGCCCCCACAGCGUCCGGGUCACCCUGCGCCAGCACUGCCAGGACAGUGAGUGCCACCCCAUCGGCUUCCACAUCUUCCAGAUGCCGGAGGGCGGCUGGCCACGGGGGGCCUCCUCCCUGCUCCACCUGGAGCCCCUGCUCAGCUGCGUGCCCCACCGCUAUGCGCAGGAAGUGAGUCGCCUGUGCCGGCUGCCCGCGGGCACUUACAAGAUCGUGCCCUCGACCUACCUGCCCGACACCGAGGGAGAGUUCACCAUCGUUAUAGCAACCCAGAUAGACAGGAGGCCGAUUCGGAGCCAGGAAACCCUGGGGCAGCUCCUGCAGGAGGUCUCCUUCACAGCCGUGAUGAAAAGGUAGCUGGCAAUGCCCGGAGGAGAGCAUUCGGGUGCCGAAGGCUGAGGCCCUGGAGGGCACCUCGUGCCGUGCUCUCUGCUGUGGCCCACGCGGACUCCCGUCUGCCCCUCCCCGGAAGCCCCCUCCCCAGUGCCCUGCACCUGGGCCCACAGUGAUAUACCUCAUUUCCUCAGCUCCACGUUGCCAAUUUUUCAAGCCUUUGAUUUUAGAGACCUCACUGUACUUGACUGGAACAUCACCUCUUACAGAAGAACCUCAGGCGUGUGGGAAGCCAGGAGUCCCCGCUCCUCUCUUCCAGCCCCGACCCAGGGGUGCCAGGACUUUCUGCCAUGGCCAGAGCGGGGAAAGUCCCUGGGACCCUGGGGGAGAACGCUGGGUUGAGAAUUGUAUCAAUUCAUAGCGGGGUUACUGCGCUGCUGGAGAGGAGCUCAGAGAAAUCAUUUACAAAUGAGGAAACACAACCCUAGAGGAAAAGACCCCCAAGGUCUUGCAGGUGGGGGUCGUCGCACCCACAGCCUCCAGCUCCACAGCUCUCUCCCAGAACGGGAAAUGAAUUCAGAAGAGAAGCUCCAAAACCGCGGCGGCUCA